UGGGCUUUGGAUGAAGGCACGGCGGUGGGAAAGAUGGCGGCGGCUCUGGGAGCCUCCGGGUGGUGGCAGCGGUGGCGGCGUCGUUUGUCGGCUCGGGAUGGGUCCAGGAUGUUACUCCUUCUUCUUUUGUUGGGGUCUGGGCAGGGGCCACGACAAGUCGGGGCGGGUCAGACGUUCGAGUACUUGAAACGGGAGCAUUCGCUGUCGAAGCCCUACCAGGGUGUGGGCACAGGCAGCUCCUCCCUGUGGAAUCUGAUGGGCAAUGCCAUGGUGAUGACCCAGUAUAUCCGCCUUACCCCAGAUAUGCAAAGUAAACAAGGUGCCUUGUGGAACCGGGUGCCAUGUUUCCUAAGAGACUGGGAGUUGCAGGUGCACUUCAAAAUCCAUGGACAAGGGAAGAAGAAUCUGCAUGGCGAUGGCCUGGCGAUCUGGUACACGAAGGAUCGGAUGCAGCCAGGGCCUGUGUUUGGAAACAUGGACAAAUUUGUGGGGCUGGGAGUAUUUGUAGACACCUACCCCAAUGAGGAGAAGCAGCAAGAGGCCCAAAAGAGGCGAUAUUCUCCAGGAGUCCAGCGGGUGUUCCCCUACAUCUCAGCCAUGGUGAACAACGGCUCCCUCAGCUACGACCAUGAGCGAGACGGGCGGCCCACAGAGCUGGGGGGCUGCACAGCCAUCGUCCGCAACCUGCAUUAUGACACCUUCCUUGUGAUUCGCUAUGUCAAGAGGCAUCUGACGAUAAUGAUGGAUAUCGACGGCAAGCAUGAGUGGAGGGACUGCAUUGAGGUGCCUGGGGUCCGGCUGCCCCGGGGCUACUACUUCGGCACCUCCUCCAUUACUGGGGAUCUCUCGGAUAAUCAUGACGUCAUUUCCUUGAAGUUGUUUGAACUGACAGUGGAGAGAACCCCAGAAGAGGAGAAGCUGCAUCGAGAUGUGUUCUUGCCCUCCGUGGACAACAUGAAGCUGCCUGAGAUGACAGCCCCGCUGCCGCCCCUGAGUGGCCUGGCCCUCUUCCUCAUCGUCUUCUUCUCUCUGGUGUUCUCCGUGUUUGCCAUUGUCAUUGGUAUCAUACUGUACAACAAAUGGCAGGAACAGAGCCGAAAGCGCUUCUACUGAGCCCUCCUGCCACCGUCACGUCUGUGAUUAUCCCCGUGAGGUGUGGGGAGAGCAGGCACUGGCCUGGGCACGCAGCCUUGCAGGUCUUCCCCGGUCUCCAGCAGCGCUCAGGGCUAUGUUCCGUCACUGGAGCUUCGGAUGCAGGGAUCCCGCGGCCCAGGGGUCACCCACUGAGACAUCUGACUCUGGUCCAGGAAGCCACCCACCCCAGGGCAGUGCUGCUGUGAUGUGCCUUUCCCUGCCGUCCCUCCACCUGGGGGAGAGGAGGCGUGGAGAGAACGUAUGCUGUUCUGAUGCGAAAACCACAGAACAGAAUCUGAUAGCCCGGGCCACCUUGGAUUCCUAGGGCCUCUCUGCUUCACUUUUCAAUCCAUAAACAAUAGAAAACUGGUAACUCGCAUACCUUGUAAACAUCCAGGCGUUGGUUUGCGUUUUGCCCGAGCUGUAUCCACCUGAGGAUCUGGACGGGAGCUUCUUCCCUGCCUCACCGUCCUCUCCUGCCGUUCAUCAUCCUCUCUGUGUGCAGCCUGAGCUGGGACAGACAUUUGGAUACCUCUCUGCUGGGGCCUGGGCUGCAGCGCAAACUGAGCCUUAUUAGGGGCCCUGGGGAUUUCUGCUUGGCUCACGGCUCCAGCUUCUGCUCUGUAGCAGGGGCUUAGGUCUGAUGGCGUGUCUGCAACCUUUCUAUUCAGAUCUUCAGGUCUUCGGUCAAGGUUGGCUGGAAUUCAGUGUGUGCAUAUCAAUAAACUUGGAGGACUUUAUGGAUGCCAUGAGAUUAACUGUGAAACUGACCAGCUCCACAUUUGACACUGAACGCAGCGUCAGUCAUGUGGUCUGACCACGUGGAGAUGUUUCAGGACGCCCUGGAGCCUGCCUAGCUGCAUGCUGUGUGUUGAUCAUGAUUUUCGGAAUCCCGUUUGAGUGCUGAAGUGUAAGGAAGCUUUCUUCCUAUCACCUGGGCUUGGACACUUCCCAAAGAGGAAACCUGGCUGCUUUUUUCUUGAUGGAGAAGAAACCGCUGCUGUUGUCCUGUUGCAAGUCUGGGAGCAAUAGAUCCUCAUCAUCUGUGCCUGGAAGAGCUCGUGGUCAUGGAACAACAAGCCCGAGUCCUCUGCGUGUCAGUCCUUACUCUACUGCCUUAUCUGACAAGGGGUCACAUGCUGCUCACGUGUCUGCCCUGUGAUCAAAUUGGUUAUAGGCCAGAGUCUUCCUGGAGGGCCUGGAACUCUGAGCUCUCCUGUGGACCUCUAGCCCAAUGGAAAUUCUUAAAAUGGCUGAUGGAACCGAACAUGA